AUGGUGUGUUCGAGCUUGGUAUUCAAUUCCUCCAAAAACUAUUACAAACUGUUUUUGCUAUACUGGCUUGUUGAUUAUAAAAUAACUGCCUCUACCCGUGAAGUUCACCCAAAUGAUGAAGAUUCAUCUGUUCUCGCAAAGUUGGAGAAAUCACUCAAAACGUUGUUCCCUCGCCACCCUAUGAGCCUUGCUCAUUAUACAAAUCCACCAGAUGAGAUAGAUUUGGUAUAUCAAGAAUUUACAGAUGCUGACUUAUUAGCAUUAACGACCCCAGAAAAUGACAAUGAUGCUGAUAAUAUAAAUGAUAGUAGUUCUUCUUUUACUACACCUUCAAACUCUAUUAAACUCGACGCUAUACGUACUGUGAUUAGUCUUCUUAAUACAACUAUUUCUGACCACAAUGCCAUAUUUAGAACAUUGCGUUCAUUGCAACGAGACAUUUGGCUUCAAGUUUCCUCUUCAAAGGUUCAAGCGAUAUUAGAUAGAUUAUGCAA